AUAUAUAUUAACACAGAAAUCAUUGUAGUUGGGGAACCUCUAAUAAUAAUCGAUGGAUCAAGAAGAAUAUCCAUGGAAACAAGACUCAAAGCUCAACAACAACAUCCCAAUAGCUCAACUAAUGCAAGUACUCGAAGCUCUUAAACAAGCUUCUCACAAUAUACAAAAACACCAUAAUCACUUUUUAGAUUCCGAUUAUUCACCCUCCAUUAAAGCACUUUUCCAACUCCAAACAAUUCUUUCCACCGAUUCAAUUCUCUCUCAACACCUAAACCGCCUCAAAACACUAAUUGACUCGCUUCACAACUCAAAACCGAGUCUCAAAUCGUUCUUAACUCGUCCCCUUGCUACUCACUCCAUCACCAAACUCGCAGCCGCCAUUGAAUCCGAACUCCAAACAUGGAUCGACCACGAAACAAUCAUCACCCUCUCUCGUCACGUCUCUACAAUCAACAACGACAACGAAAACGAGUUGCUUCUGCUUUUAACUCGUUUCUCUCACAGAGUCUCACAAGGCUUCAACCGGGAGUUACAACAACUCGUUCUCAAUUUCAAACUCUUCUCUUCCCUGGAAUCGCUUCUCUUCGACGAUAAAUCCUCUCACCGUAUUCGCGAACACGCCGGGAACGCUAUUUCUGCGUUGAUCCGCUUCAACAAGGACGUGUUCGUCGGUAAACUCUGUAUGUUUCCAACCGUUCGAGCUUUGAUUGACAUCGCUUCCGUUCGUUCAAUCGAAGUUCUUUGUUCUCUAAUCAGAUCAAUUAGGUCACCGAUCGUUGAUGAAAUCGAAUCAAACGGUGAAAUCCCGAAAAUCAUAGCGUUGUUAAAUUCUCACGAGACGAAAUUAAGCGUUUUAGCUAUGGAGUGUGUUCUUGAGAUUGGCUAUUACGGAAGGAAGGAAGCGGUUGAAGGUAUGUUGAAAGAAGGCGUUGUGGAGAAGCUUGUUGAAUUGCAGAGAUCGGAGGUUAAUAAUGGAAGGAACAGUGAUUUUGCAAACUGUGUAACGAGAUUUUCAGUGCAAUUGGAGGUUGGGGAAGGGUUGAGGCAAAGAGAGAAAAGGGAUUUGAAAAGUGAAAUAUUGAUGAGAGUUAGAAAAGCUUGUGUUUCUGAUGCUGAAACUGCUACCGUUGUUGCUGAAGUUCUAUGGGGUACUUCUCCGUAGCUAUUAUAUUUUGAUUGUUAGUUAAGUUUUAGGGUGCGAACUAGUAGAUUAAAGGAACAUAAUAGGGAAUUAAUUCAGUUUUAGUGAUGCAAAUUAGUUCAGUUCAUGCAUUUCUAUAGUGUUGUAAUUUGUUUUUUUUUUAUGAAAUUGUUACAUUGCUAAUGAGACAAAGAAAAAAGUGAACAUAAUAGGGAAUUAUCAAAGUCAAGUCUGGAAGAAUCGUGAAUGGAAUAUGCCAAUCAUGGAGACGUGGAGUUGUUAACAAAUAAACAAAGCCCAAUGCUUCUUCACGUCUCUAAUAUAUUUAUAUUUUUUGUCUAUACUUUUUUUAUCGAGUGUAUGACAAGCUAUCUUUAUUAAAACCUGAAAUAAAAACAGCUAGUUAAACUA